CAGUCAUCCUCGCCCAUUCCCCGCUCCCAGCCUCCUCUCGAGUCUCCGGGCGUCAGCGAUACUACUGCACAUACGGCACGGUCGGCUGGAACAUGGAUCUGGCACAGUUCCUCUAUCUUGAGGCAGAGCAGCCAAGCAAAGUUUUGAUUCAGUCUGCGGUCGUGCAGGAACCAGAGAACUGGGCAGCAGAAGAGCCCAUCGUCCGAUGCCCCAAGAGCGAGAUACAUGAACAGAUAUUUGAGCACUUCAAAAAAGAACAUGGCAUAUCCAUCGCCUAUAAGAUCGGACCCGCAUCAAUCAAGUCAAUUGAGCAAAAAGGCCCCUUCAUUCUGAGGACGCUACAACCGACGCAACACGUGCAUGUCAGCACACCAGCGGACGCAGUCAAUGUGCACACAGCGACAACAAUAAAGAACACAUCGUCUGGCAGCCGGGGGUGUUCAUAUUAAUCCCGAGACAAAGCGCAAUCUUUGUAGAAGGUAUCAUUGCU